AGUAUACUUCGCCAAAAGUAUGAAAGGUUUUUAAAAGCUGAUUGGAAAAGAAUCAUAAAAGGUCACUGAGGGCAAUUAAAUACAGCAGUGGGGACACAGUCUGUAGCUCAGGAAACUUCUGAGAUGCAAUUUGAAAGAGCAGAGCAUGGGAAGGAUCGCUUUUUACUUGCCCUGCUCUUACGCCUUUUCUUUUGCUUUUCCCUCCUAGUACACUAGAAUAGGUCUCUGACUUAGAGGGACUUUUUUGUGACCGGUACAGCUGCAGGAUAUGCUGGUUCCUCAUUGUAGGACAUCUUGUAGCUAUGGUGGGUCAGAGCAAUGGUGUGUGAAGGAAUUCACCAGAUGCUAAAGCAGCGAGAUAGUAGAAUAUUAUUGAAAAUUGUGCUUUCCUGAAGGUGUAGCACAUCUUUCUGGGGUUUAUAAACAUUUGGCAACCAGAAACUUCUCUCUGGUCUUUUAUACUGGCCAUUAAUUUUUGCAUAUUUUUAGGAAUAUCUGUCUGAACAUUUUAGUGCCAUGCUGAAGUAUCUGACUAUGCUCUAUCGUCUGGCAAGUUCAUUACUCAUUUGGCUUGUUGCUGACAAAUUCUUAUUUCUUGAUUUUAUGUUUAAGAACUUAGUGUGCAUUCAUGCUUCUUAGCUGUGGAGUUGUGUAAGGAGUUGUUUUGGCCCAGAGAGUUUAAAAUGUAAGGGCAGGCUACUUCAAGUGUGUGCGUGUGUGUUAUGUGCACAAGUUUGCUGGUAAUUUGUUUUUUAAAAGCAAUUUCCUUUCUCCUUCUCCUUCAUUUAUUCGUCAGCCCUUGCUUUCUAGAAUACUAUGAUAACACAGAAAAUGCUUACAGUUCCUUCAGUUUUCUGUUUGUUGCAUGUUGUGAAAAACUUGUAAGAGUUGGAGUUUGUCUGUGUUCUUGAUAGGACACAUUGCCAAGAAGCAUCAGCUAGCCUUGCUGAUACUGGCAAGAAGUUCAGGGGUACGUGAUAUGUGUUACAAAAAUACUUUUUGUCAAAUAAAUUUUUCCGCUUAUAUGAUGCAAGCUUCAGUUCCAGGCAGGUCAACAAGGCAGUUGUAUUAUGGCAGCAUUAACUGAUUGAGGGAAUGAAGAGCAAGUCAAGAGUUAUUCAGUAAGGAAAGCAGAAACACAACCUCUCUUUUGCCACUCCCCCUCCUUGAGAAUAUAUUUGUAUGUAGUAGGUGCAGUAUGCCCCAGAGGUUCCCCAGUUCAUUAUGUUUUGGGCAGAUGGAGAGUCCUGAAGCCCUCAGAGAAGAUUCUUCCAAUUUAACCCUUCUGUCUCUCGUGCAAACUCUACCUCUCUCCCACUGCUCCAGCUAGUCCCGGGGCAUCUGCUGCUUCAUAAAUUGCAAGCAAUACAUCGGGCGUUUUGUGGAAGCCACUGGGCACCCUGCACAGCUCUCCUCUCAGUGAAGGGGAUUCUGCCUUCCAAAAUGACUUUCCAGGCUCUGCUUCUGAGUCUGUUUUGUGUUGUGCUUGGAAAAGCAAGUGUGGUUACGCAGACGGGCCACAGAAAUGUGAAGAUGGGUGAUAACGUGACUCUGAGCUGUGUCCUGACAGAGCCCAAGGAUGUUCUGCAAGUGACGUGGCAAAAGGACUCUGAAAAAUCACAUGAGAAUAUAGCUACAUACAGCAACAUGAAAGGACUAAAGAUUCACAAGCCCUUUCAGGACCGAAUGAAUUUCACAAGUCUGGUUCUUAAUGAGACAAACAUCACUUUUUGGGACACUAGAAUGGAUGAUACGGGAUGUUACACAUGCCUCUUCAACGUUUUCCCCCUUGGCUCCUUCUCGGGACGUACCUGCCUGAGAGUCUUUGGUCUCAAUGCAUCUGUCCAUUAUAACAUUUCCGAAGGGCAUUUGACAGCCAUCUGUAAUGCUGUUGGCCUCCCAGAGCCUACCAUCAGCUGGAACAGCUUGUUCAAUUCUACUCCAAUACAGGAGGAGGUCAGGCACGCCAAUGGGAUGGUGUCUGUCACAAGUAGGCUGGAGAUCUACGACUUGCGGAGCCUCAGGGGGCAAGAGUUGACCUGCAAAGUAAGCAACAAGAAUGAAGAAAUGGAAUUGCCCGUGAAAAUGAGAAAGGAAGAGUCAUUCUCAUUCCUUGGGCUGAUGAUUACUUUGGGGAUUUUACUUGUCGUCUUCAUUCUGAUUGUGAUUGCAGUGUGGUGGAGGAAGAAGAUAUGCAAGAGGGGUCAAAGCGGAUUCUAGAGGAUUCCCAUUCAUCUACCAGAUCACUACAGCCUAGCAGCCUGAAGUUGGCCUUAAAAGCAGUGACUUGCAUAGCUGGAAAGUAACAACGAUCAAAGGGAAUUACGUCAAAACCAGAGCACUACCCUAUUUAGAUGCUGUGCUUCUUGCUAAAAGAUUAGCACAAUGAUGUUUGUUAUCCGGUCCAGACACUUAAUUAUAGAAAGUAGAACCAGGGGAAAUAUGCAGUCAACUCCUCUGCUGCCAGGCUAUUUUAAGUGUUGCCAGUCUGCAAAAUGUAUUUGCCUUCUUCCAGUUGAAUUUUGAAAGCCUCCAGGUUUGGAGGCUCUGCAGGCUCCCUGGGGAUGCUCUUCCAGCGCUUAAUAGCUAUCACAGUAGACGGCUUUUUUGGUUUUUGUUUUGUUUUUUUUCCUAUAGCAUCUGUCUGCAAUUUCGCUAGCUGCAGCUCUGCGUCCAACACCCUCUUCAUAUCAUCUGCUUCUCUGCUCUUCCAGUCAGCUGAUCUGACAUUUUUCAGGGCGGCAGGCUGUAUUGCUUAGCUCUCCCUAGAGCGACCUGCUGCUACAGGACUCUGAUGGCACCAGCUUUGCCAGCAGCCCUAGGAAAGAGCAGUAGGGCUCCAGGCAGAAGUAGUUGUAGCUGCCAAGUGUGGAUUUUUUUUUUCUUCUAGCCCUGUCUGUUCUUAGAUAUGUAAGUGAGGAGAAGCAGAAAGCACAACCCGGUGGAUGUGGAAGUACUGGCAUCCCCUUCUUGCAUUUCCUUUCUAUUUAACAGUGGUUCUCUCUCUGUUUUUUUACAAAAAUACCCCAGCCUGCUCCUUGAGUAGCUGCCAAAAUGAAGGGACUAGGCUUCUGGGUAGUUCCCGUGGUCGUCAUGUGCGCUGUGCAGAGUGGUCUCCCCUCUCUCCACCCUUUUGUGUGGUUUGUCUUUGAAUGCAGAUGAACUGCUCUGCUGGCCAAAAGCAAUUAUUCCUUAUUUUGACUUUGUCAUGCGAGAUGCUGCACCUAGAACUACCUAUUGUGUGUCACUACUGUGAACUUCAUGGUAUCAAUGGCAAGUUUGACAGAGGUUGAGUUUGCUGAAGUGCCAUGUUUUCGGUAGUGGAUAAAGAUACUGUGCUAUUGCUACAAGCUGGGAUGUAACCUCACUUCUGCCCCCAGGGAGUUUCCCAGCUCCUUUCUGGUUUUUAUUCCUGUUUGCAGGAAUAAAUGCCUGCACGUGCCCACUGGCCUGAUCAUUUCCAGGUGCAAUGGUCCUGCCUGUCUCACCAGCUAUGCCACACCGCACUGCUGGCAAGAGCGGGUGACUGCCAGGCGCUGUGUUGUGGCUCAUCUUAAUUUGCAAGAGGUCAGAGCCUCCAUUUGCCCAGUGCCUCCUGGGGCUUGGUGAGGGCUCAAUGCAUAUUUGUCAGUGUAGGUGUUGCUAAAAACAGGCCUACCUCUGGGCAUGCCAACUGCAUAGCCCAUUUUACUGACAGGUGGGAGGACAGUGGGGAGUCCUCUAGAAAUUUUUGUUCUACUGGUAAGUGCUAAUGUCUAAGAUGUGUCUCCAUCUUCUGUUCUGGCUUAAUAUUAGUUAUCCUAUUGGGUUGGCCACUGUAUCCUCUUGCCUGUUGGAUCUGAUUAGCCCCUUCUUUUUUGUGCAUCUGUAAUAUUCUGUCGUAUUAAGUGUGUGACAUUUUGGAUUGUGCUUUUUAUGUCAUAUAUUAAUCAAACAUGCCUACUGUCUGUCUGAGCAUCAAUGGGGAAGAUUUAGCAGAGAGGAGACUUAUGACUAACUGUUUCAGAGUGAGCCUUUUUGCUCAGAAGGAGUACAGUCAGAACAUUAUCUUCUAGAAUGGCAGCCUCUUUAGAGUCUGGCCAAAAAAUUGUGUGUGUGUAUGUCCCCAUGUAUUGAGGGCAUGAGAGGGGUGAUGUUUGCUGUUACUAUUGUAUCAGCAACCUGGCUAUUUUGCAGGUGCAAUACGAUAUAUUUAUGUAUUUUAUUUUUUAAAUUUAAAAAAUUUGAUCAAGCCAAAACACCAACUGUUCCUUUUUUUUUUGUAUGCUAAAAAUAGUUGGAGUACUAAAAAUGCUUCAUUCCAAGUUGUGGGGGUUUUAUAUAGUUUUGAUGUAAACUUCCUUUCUGUACAGAAAGUGGGACUUCAAGGUUUUUUGUCUUGGUUCGUUUCAGGUUUUCUAGUUUGUUUGUUUUUUUCCAAAAAAGUUUUUUGAGCAAAGUAAGUUUUGGAAUGAAUUUAGAAAGUAUAUUUGACCAAAGCAACUGCAGUUUACUUCAGAUUUAAAAAUGACCGGUCAAUCAAAUUAUAAUUUUAUAUAUUUUUAGCAAUCUGGCGUGUCUUGUGUUUGCUGCUUAAUUAUUCCUUAUUUAAAGUUACAUGUCCUACUGAUGUAUUGACUGUCUUGUCUUUUGUAUUUGCCUUUGCUGAAAAGAUGCCAAAUAAAGCAACUUUGAAAGUAA